GAGCUCUUCAAAGCUUGAUGAAUUUUGAUGAGGCAAAGUCUUAUUUGGAGAGUCAAAUUUUGGUAGCACCUAUGGAUUUUCCCAGGCAGCUUAAUAUUCGACGUGUUGUUAGUUGUAGAAUUAGACUUGGAGAUUCUUCUGGUAUACCGGAACAAGUUCUUCGUAUUGUGCUAAUGAUUGGGCCUUUACAUGUAUCUUUAAAUAGUUGUGAAUCU